UCACACCAGUACAGACCUGAGAACAGACCUGCAGGCUCCUGAACAAGAGAGGGCGUGGUUGUGGCAGACAGCGGAAAGCCUUCACAUUUUCUCAUUUCAUCGUUGAGACUCGGAGUAUCCUGACGCUCUCAGCUUUCACUUGGCAUCAUGUCCAGGUCAGACUACCCUCCAGGGUAUGAUGACUCCCAUGGCCCACUGUAUGCACCACAGGGAGGCGCUUACCCACCGCCCCCUGCUUAUGGCUUCCCCGCGUACGGUGGUCCCCAGCCAGGCCAGCCCUCUGCUCCCUACCCCACUGAUCCGAACACACCUUUGUACAUGGGCCAGCCAGGGGGCUACCCUCCUGGCAUGUACCCAGGACAGCCCCACCCCGCUGGCCCUCCAGGAGCAGGCUACCCCAGUCCCCCUCCCAUGCCUCCUGUUGUCCCACCUACCAUGCCAUCAGAUGUCCUGAGCUCUGGUGAUGAUUUUGCAGCGAGCGACAGUGGUUGGGACAGUCUGAGCAUUCGGCAUGCCUUCAUCAGAAAGGUGUAUUUAAUUUUGGCGUCACAGCUCCUCGUCACCACAGCCAUUGUGGCUGUAUUCACGUUUGUCCAACCUGUCAGAUAUUUCGUACAGCGAAACCAAGCUGUCUACUGGGCAUCAUAUGCUGUGUAUAUCGUCACCCACCUUGUGCUGGUCUGCUGUAAGGGCCCCCGGAGGAAGUUCCCAUGGAAUGUCAUUCUGCUGCUCAUCUUUACUCUGGCCUUGUCCUACAUGACUGGAUCCAUAUCCAGUUACUAUGACACAAAAGCGGUGUUUCUCGCUCUGGUUAUCACUGCCGUCGUCUGCAUCGCCGUGACGGUCUUCUGCUUCCAAACAAAGGUCGACUUCACCAAGUGCCAGGGCCUGUUCUGUGUCCUGGGGAUUGUAAUAUUUGUUACUGGCAUCAUUACAACCAUUGUGCUGUCCUUCAAAUAUAUUCUGUGGCUUCACAUGCUUUAUGCAGCUUUGGGAGCCAUAGUCUUCACUAUGUUCCUAGCGUACCACACCCAGCUGCUGAUAGGGAACAGAAAACACUCCAUCAGUCCUGAGGAGUACGUGUUCGCCGCGCUCUCCAUCUACGUUGACAUCAUCCAGAUCUUCCUUUUCCUCCUGCAAAUUAUUGGAGCUUCAACCAAAUAAGGUUACAACAAGGGCACAGCUUAGGGCAGCAGGGUGCAGACAAGCACUGAGCUGCAAAAACCAUUCCAGUCUUUUUAAAACCUUUGCUUGUCUUCAGUCAGAAUCAGAAUACAUUUAUAAAAUCAUGGUGCAGUUCAGGGAACAUAAUGAAGGGCUGAAUCAGAGAUUUUAUUGCAAGUGUAGGUUAGUGCUGUGCACAAAAAAAGCACUUUUUCUGAAAUCUGUAUUUGUAUCUGCAUUAAGCACCCUACCAGUAGUUAGCAAAGAAUAUUAAAACUACAAUGUAAAUAUAUGUGCACAUGGAAACGCCAGCUGCGACAUUUAUUCACUCCUGCUGGACUUCAGUUAAGGGACAGACAGCAUCUGAACAUUUUUCUCUGCAUGCAGAUGUACUGCUACACACAAACUGUUUUCACAUCUGCAUAAAUGUUGAGAAAAUAUGUUUGUUCCAAUCUUCAAAGUCAGAUUUGCCAACACACAAGCUGUAUCUCUUGUUGCCUUGUACAGUACAGCAGGGGUGGGCAUCAUACAAAAACUUAGUUUUGAUCCGAUACCAGGAAGUACCAGGGCCAGGAUCAUAAUAUUCAUACUCAUACUGAUUUGAUUGUAGUUAUUUUUAUCAUACAAAGCAGCUAAACAUGUAGGGACAGAAAUGUAAUUUGCCAAAUAUUUAGCAUUUCUUUUUACUAUUUUCUGUACUUAAAGGGAUAGUUUGACAUUUUGGGAAGAUUCCUUUUCUUUCUUGCUGAGAGUUGCAUGGUAAGAUUGAUACUAUUCUGUUGUCCAUAAAACAACUACAGCCACAGUCCUUUAGCUUAGCUUAGCAUAAAUACUGUAAAUAGAGGGAAACAGCUAGCCUAGCUCUGUUCAAAGAUAAGAAAAUCCACCUACCUGCACCUAUAAAGCUCAUUAAUUAACAUAAUGUAUAAUUUGUUUUCUCUGUACAAAAACUCAAGUCCAGGACAUAAUCUCCUGAAAAACACAAGUUUUACACAAACAGCAUAUACAAAAUCUGCCCACCAGCACCUCUGAACCUCUCUACACUACACAUUAUAUCUCAUUUGUUUAAUCCAUAAAAGAACAAAGUGUAAAAACACUGGGGAUUAUGUGCUGGACAUGUUCUUGAUCAUUAGCUGUAAACUCCUUAAGCCUCCACUGGACGUGUCAUUUUUACACUUUAGUUUUUGUACAGAUUAAACAAAUAAAAGAUAAGGUUCCAAUCACUAUGCUGAGCUUAGCUGAGACUGCUAGCUCACCGUCGUUUCAUUCACCAUAGUCAUGAGUGAGAUCAAUCAUCUAGCUCUCAGCAAGAAAAGGAAUCAUCACAUUUCUCAAAAAUAUUGAACGAUUGCUUUAUUUCUGUGCACGUCAAAAGGUAAAAUAGGGUUAAAUUGUAAAUAAAUGUUGAAGUGCUCACAGUGCUGCUCUGAGAAGAGGGCUGAUGUACCCAAAAUGUGAUGUUACAUUUGGUCCUGAUGCUAAUGAUACUAGUAUGGACUAUGGACAUGCAAAACACUUACUAUUUGUAGUAUCAGUAGUUUGGGGAUUGACAUGCCCACCCCUGAAGUACAGCUCAGUAAUGACAGAUCUGCUGUCACAGGUUUAUAUCAGCAAGUCUUUGCUGAUGGUCUUUAAUACAUGUGUUGCUCUAUUUGUAAUUAUUUACAUACUAUAUCACUAUAGUGCCUUCACAAUGAUGUUUGUGAGAUUACAGUUGUUACUUUAGGAAGUGCAGGGUUAUACUCAAUAAGCUUUUAUAGUAUUGUUACAUUCUGUAUGUGCCUGUUUAUAUAUCCUCAUGUUACAGUUAGAUUUGGAUAAGAGUACUUAUAUGUAACUUUGGCUUGGGUCUAUACUUGGUGAGCUGAAGGACCAGCUGAGUGGGGUUUUUUCCAUCAAUGCCACGGUGUUAAACACUUCUUAACACGAUCAGCCCCACUCAGCUGGUCCUCCACCCACCAAGUAUAGACCCAAGCCGAAGUUACAUAUAAGCCUUGACUCAAAACAAAUUUGGCAAACAUCGUGAUGGUGUGGCAUAGAUAGUAAGUUGAUAUGGAUUUGUAAAUAGACAUCAGUGCUGAAGAGAAUCUGUCUGUCUUUUCAUAUCAAAUAAAAGAUUUUUAUUUGA